AUGAGCGGAGGUCGCUUUGAAUUUGACGAUGGCGGAGCUUAUUGCGGUGGCUGGGAAGGUGGCAAAGCGCACGGGCACGGAAUCUGCACCGGCCCCAAGGGACAGGGGGAGUUUUCAGGCCUGUGGAAUUACGGUUUCGAAGUUGUUGGAGUUUACACCUGGCCCAGUGGUAACACAUACGAGGGCUACUGGAACCAAGGAAAGCGCCAUGGGCUCGGCGUUGAGACCAAAGGGCGCUGGGUUUACAAAGGCGAAUGGACGCAAGGUCUCAAAGGGAAAUAUGGAACGCGUCAAAGCCAAGGCAGUGGGGCCAAAUACGAGGGGAUGUGGAAUAACGGGCUGCAAGAUGGAUACGGCACAGAAACCUACGCAGAUGGAGGCACUUUCCAGGGCCAGUUUACGGGAGGCAUGCGGCACGGGUACGGCGUGCGGCAGAGUGUGCCCUACGGCAUGGCGGCGGUGGUGCGCUACCCUCUGCGCACGUCUCUGACCUCCCUGCGCAGCGAGCUCACCAACGGCACUCUUCUGAUGCAGGACCCCGCCGCCAACGCCAGCGGCCCCGAGACCCCUCCCCCCCCGGCCGCGCUCCCCGGGCCGGCCCGCGGGGGCUUCGCCCUCACCCUGCGCCCCGAUCCUGAGGCGGCCCGGCCCAAGAAGAAGGGUCUGUUCCGCAGGGGCUCCCUGCUGGGGAAGCUGAAGAGGGCCGAGUCGCACACCUCCCUCUCCAGCCAGAGGAGCAAGCAGAGCUUCCUGAAGAACGACUCCACUCUCAGCUCGGCCGCCAGCGACGCUAACUCCGCCGCCAGCGCCGGCGAGGAGGGUGGGGCCGAGGACUUCCCGCCCGUGGAGUCGGACAUCGACGCCACCACCACCGAGGCGUACGGCGGGGAGUGGAAGAACGACAAGCGCACAGGCUUCGGCGUGAGCGAGAGGUCCAGCGGCCUGCGCUACGAGGGCGAGUGGCUGGAUAACCAGCGGCACGGCUACGGGCGCACCACCUUCACCGAGGGCAGCAAGGAGGAGGGCAAGUACCGCCACAACACGCUGGUGAAGGCUGUGAAGAAGAAGGUUCUCCAGCUCAGGGGCAACAAAAUCCGGCAGAAGGUGGAGCACAGCGUGGAGGGGGCGCUGCGGGCUGCAGCCAUUGCCAAGCAGAAGGGCGAGAUCGCCGUCUCCAGAGCCACUCAUGCAAAGGGAAAGGCAGAGGGGGCAGAGCAAGCCCUGCAGGCAGCUAGCGCUGAAUCAAGAAUCGCCAGAGCAGUGGCCAGGGAACUGUCACCAUCCUUUCACCAGCCAGGUCUUGAGUACAUUAAGAAACGAGCGCUGCAGGACAUCGCAGAGAGUAACGAACACGAGGACUCGCCCCCUGCAUUCACAGCGGUGGUCUCGGCCCCACGCUCAGAGACCCCCCAGAUUCACGAGGUGGAGACGUCAGGGCAGGCGUCUCCCCACGCCAGCCCCUCCCCAAGCCCAGAGCCGCCGCGCUUUAAAGCCAGCCUGCGUCAGGAGGACCCCCAGCUGCUGGGCCCCGGGGGCUGGAACGGGGAGCAGGCAGGCCGGGACGGGGGCAGGCCCGGGACCCCGUCUCCACACGGGUACGCGCGCUCCUCCAGCCGGCAGAGCGAUACGACCGAGCCGGGCUCCGACCUGGAGAUCAAACCCCUGCAGAGGAUGGAGCCCAAACCGGCCAGCACACACACCGUCUCCCCCCAGAGGACCGGCUCGCUGGGCAACCCGGACCAGGACAGAGAGGAUCCGCGGCCGUCCAAACAAUCUCCCCCGGACCCCUCCCCGGAGCCUGUUCCGGAGCCCGCCCCGCAUGUGGAGCCUGAUGUGGAAGUCCAAGAGCCCUCCCUGGAGCAGGAGUCCGCCAUCGCUGGGGAGGAGGUGGAGCCCCAGGGAGCAGAGAGCGGGGAGGAACGGCAGUCCCCAAAACCGGAGGCCGGAUCCACACAGAGAGCUGAGCCCUCCGCGCAGGCAAAACCAGCCCCACAUCUGCAGCCCGAGGCUACUGCACCAGAGCCCAAUAACACCUCAAAGCCUGCUGCUAAACUGGUUGGAAAAACAAACUCAGAUGCCAGGACAAGGAUGACUGGGAAAUCCCCUGCUGAGGCAAGAGUUUUGUCAGAAGAGGAGGAACCGAACACACUGGUGAUAUGCAUGGUGAUUCUGCUUAACAUUGGUCUGGCCAUUCUGUUCGUUCAUGUUCUGUCAUGA